AUGACGCAAGCGGCGACGACGAGCACGACGGCAAAGUUCGCCGAUGCCGAGGGGUAUGAGAUGCCCUGGGUGGAGAAGUACCGACCGCAGUACCUGUCCGACAUUGUCGGCAACACGGAGACGGUGGAGCGUCUGAAGGUCAUUGCGGAGGACGGCAACAUGCCGCAUAUCAUCAUCAGCACGACGUCGAUCCACUGUCUCGCGCAUGCGCUUCUAGGCGAUGCGUACAGGGAAGGCGUGCUCGAGCUGAACGCCUCUGACGAGCGUGGCAUUGACGUGGUGCGAAACAAGAUCAAGUCCUUCGCUCAGCGCAAAGUCACGCUCCCGCCAGGCCGGCACAAGAUGAUCAUCCUCGACGAGGCGGACAGCAUGACGGCUGGCGCGCAGCAAGCGCUCCGCCGCACGAUGGAGAUCUACUCGAACACGACGCGCUUCGCGCUCGCGUGUAACAUGAGCAACAAGAUCAUUGAGCCGAUCCAGUCGCGCUGCGCCAUCCUGCGCUACUCUAAGCUGCGCGAUGCCGAGGUGCUCAAGCGCCUGAAGGAGAUUUGCGAGGCGGAGCGAGUGAAGUAUAACGACGAGGGACUUGCCGCGUUGAUCUUCACGGCUGAGGGAGACAUGCGACAGGCCAUCAACAACCUUCAGAGUACUUGGAGUGGGUUCGGGUUCGUGUCGAACGACAACGUGUUCAAGAUUUGCGACCAGCCCCACCCCAUCAUUCUCCGCAACAUGAUCCUCGAGUGUUCCAAGGGAAACGUCGACACGGCGCUCGAGACGAUUCACUCCCUCUGGGACAAGGGAUACUCGGCCGUCGACAUUGUCGUGUCCAUCUUCCGUGUCGUGAAGGGCAUGGACGACCUGCCAGAAUACACAAAGCUGGAGUUCAUCAGGGAAAUUGGAUGGACGCACAUGCGUGUCUUGGAAGGCGUCGGAACGCUGACCCAGCUCGGAGCCAUGAUUGCCAGACUGUGCAAGAUGGCCAUCCCGCCCGAGAAGCUCAAGCUCUAG